UGCAGUCUAUGUUGUUGGCCCAAGGAUAAGGUUGAUGUUUUGUUUGGCAGCUCUUCUGCAUGAGUUCUGCAUUUCUAGCUACAGUAUGCUGCAUACCAGUUCAGGCAUGCAAUAAUUCCUAUCCCUGACAAGACUUGGAUUGUGAUUGGAGAAGUGUAUGAAAGCUGCAGUCUUUUCUCUCUAAAGUUCAAAACUUCAAGAUUUGGGAUGGCUGGAGAGAAACAGAAUGAUUUGUCAGGCGGUAACUACUUCUCCAAUCCAUUAAUGAGCGGACUCGGACACAGACUUGAUUACUCGAGUGAUGUGACUUGGAUUCAAACAAGGACCCUGAAGACUCCUGAUAAAUACUGUUAUGGUUCCAGUGUAAAUCUUCUGACACUAGACCAAGUUUCACCACUCCAUCAGGCCUGUGUAGGUGGCAAUGCUGCCUGUGCAAAACUUUUAAUAGAAAAAGGGGCUAAAGUGAACUCAGUUACAAUUGACUGGAAUACCCCUCUGUUCAAUGCCUGUGUCAGUGGAAAUGUUGCUUGUGUGAAUCUGCUCCUACAACAUGGAGCCAAACCUCAAGCUGAAUGCCAUCUCUCUUCACCUAUCCAUGAAGCAGCAAGCAGAGGCCACACAGAGUGUUUGGAAGCCUUACUGCAUCAUGGGGCAGACAUUGACCACAACAUUAAACAUUUGGGCACACCUCUCUACGUUGCAUGUACUAAACAGAAUUUGGAAUCUGUCAAGAAACUUCUGGAAUUAGGUGCCAAUCUGAACACUGAAGGGGACACUCCACUUCACGCAGCCGUAAGAGCCUCAAAACCUGACUUAGUUCAGCUCCUGCUGGACCACGGAGCCGAUGUGAAAGCCAAGAACACUGAGGGCAAAGAACCCCUGGAUCUGGCGGCCCCAAGCAGUGAAGCAAGGAGAAUUCUCAUGCAAAGAGGAGGACCUCCCUCCUUGAUGCAGUUGUGUCGUCUAUCUGUUAGGAAAUAUUUGGGGCGAAGCAGAUUCCAGGAAAUAUCCAGACUGCAGAUCCCAACCGAGCUAAAAAACUUUCUCUUGUACAGAUACCCUGAGAUGGGAACUAAAUCUUAAAGGUAUUGUGGAACCAGAACAUAAUUUGUAUCAAUAACGACAGGCCCUUUGCCAGACAGUUAAAAAACAGACCAUAGAGUUAACAUAGAGAGAGUAAUUAAUUGUAUUGUUACCAUUCAUUUCUGCUGCAGUACAUCUGGCAAAAUAGUAAAGGCAGAAUUAGGAGUGUGGGUGUAAUGGGUGUGAGUCAUUAUGAGAAAGACAAAGGUAUUGCAGUUGGCACACUGGUGUUCUGCCACUUUUUGCUUCCUUUGGGAACUUCGCGUGCUCUGUGCAUGUUUGUUUGCUACCUUUGCAUACUGGGCAUGCUCAACACAUCUACUAUGCCAGAAAUAGGUACCCCACCCAACCAAUAGAUGAAAAAGAUUUAGAAGGCAAGAUACUUUAAUUGUACUCUGUUUCUUUAUUAAUAAUAUUAUUACUUUUUAGAUUGGAAAAUAUUGCAGUUGUAUCUGAUAAAAACAUUCCUAAAAAAAAUACUCGAUAAUUAUUACACUUAAACUAAGCAUCUCAGAUCGCUCAAUUAAGUUAGUAAAAUAUGUUAUACUUUUUGUGACAAUAACUUUAUUAUUCACAUUGCUCUUUAAAAAUGGAAAAUUGCAGUUUUUAUAAACUUGUGUGUUUACUGACUACCCUCCCCCCCCCAAUCGUAAACACAUCACGUGACGGUUUGUUUUCGUUUCACUCUGCCCAUGUUUUCUGUGAAAAGUACAAUAUUAGAAGGUUUUUUGUGAUACAUGAAGCACAACGACAGUCAAAGAAUUUGCAGUCAGUAUCGAGUUCUGAGGUAACGGUUUAUUAAUUUUAGGUUGUAAUCCACCUUUUACACAUUUUCAAUUUUAAUACAAUUCCAAUCUUUAUGGCAGAUUUAUUAUAAUGGCUUUUGCUGAUAACUGCUGUACUUCAUCAGCACAUCUUUUACACACUAUAUUUACCUUACCUGCUGGGGGAAAGAGCACAGCCUCUCCAGCCGAACACACACCCCACAGAACUAAAUAUGAACCACUCCACUAAAUACAAACCGCUCAGCACUCAGGUAAGGAAAAGCCUUCCUAUUCGCAUGUUUUUUAUUUUUUAGGGGGAAACCACAGGGAAUGGCUGAGGGUAGCCCUUCCUCCAGGGUCUAAGUGGUCAAUUCCCAUUUCCGCUUCCCAGAGAGGCUGAAACAAAAGAAGCAACACAGUAGAAUAAGACACAGAGCCUUUAUGCUCUUGCUGAUGACAUGUUGGUUAGAGGCGGAUUCUCCUUGCAGAAAAGCAACCAAGUUUACAAUUCUGGUUCCACAAAACCUUUAAAAAGAUUUGGUGAAUCUGCACCAGUGCAGUUGGAAAAACUGUCUAUGAGUAAACUGUCUACUUCUUAGAUGAUCGCCAAGAUUAUACCUGGUCUGCAUUAAAUCAUUUACAUUUUGGAGUAAAAGGUGUUGAAAAUGCAGUCUUAUUAAUUCAAACUUUUUUUUCUUUUCUUUUUUUUUUUAAAAGAGAAAUUGAACAUUACAAUUUAACAGUACCACUUAGCAAAGAACUCUGUUCUGGAGAAUAACGACAAUCAUAAAUACAAAUGCAAAAACUUUCAAAGAGGUUUCUAUGUUUUUAAAUUACAACUGUGAGACACAAUAUUACACAAUACACAAGGGGGAAAUACAACUAACUUUGGUAUUUUAUAAUGUAUGUUACAAUGUUUUUUGUUAAAAUAUCAAGUAAAAAAUAUGAUUUCUUUUUUUUUUUUUUAAUGCUGUAGGUCACUCAUUGAUGUGUGUUUAACAAAUGAUAUUUCUGUCAAUGUACUUUUAUUUUACAAUACCUAUUGUUGCUUUUUCAUGUAUUAUAUAUAUAGAUUGACAUUAAUAAUAGUUUUUAUUUUUUAAAAGACACUUUUAAAGGCAGUAUUUCAGCCUGUAAUGAGGAUGAAACACAUUUGCAUUAGCUGUUUUAAUUGUUGUGCUGAACACUGCUGCAUUUCAUUUCUGGCUUUAGGCUGUAUUAUUUCAACUAUGAAAAUUACCUCCAACAUUAGAUGCCAUCCUUUUCAAAUGAAUAGACAAUGUUCACCUUAAUUAGAGUUAUUUUCUAUGGAGAAUGUGAUUCAUGUAUCAUUUACACACACACACACACACACACACACACACA